AUGGUAGGGGCCAAAAUCUUCGACAACACAGUCGUUGUCCGUGCUGACAAUGAUGUCUCUGUCCUCUCACUCAACUCCAAACCCAACUCGGCCGACACCACCCCCGUCUACCCAGUGCAGAGCUUGGGAACAGAGUAUUACGUUGUCACACCGAUCAUGGGCACGGAUCGCUUUGGAGAGUUUGCCAUCGUGGCCUGGGAGGGCCCCACUACAGUUGAUGUGCACCUGAAAGGGGCUGUCAUUUUUCAAGGAAAGACGCACUUCGGAGGGAGCAGGCUUACCAUCAAGCUGGAGGCAAACCAGGCUGUCCAGCUGCAGAGCCCAGUGGACAUAUCUGGCACCAAAAUCAUUUCCCAGAAGCCUGUGGCUGUCUACGUUGGACACACCUGCGUGACAAGAUCCAACCAGUGUGACCACGUGUCUGAGCAGCUCCUGCCUGUCUCCAGCUGGGGGACCACCUUCAUCGUGCCCCCGUUAUCCUUUGAGAUGCAGGGUGAUAUCGUCUACGUCUCCACCUCCCAAGCAACUGAGGUGGAAGUUCAAGUUGGGAUGAGCAAGAGCAGCAUGAGGCUGCUAGCUGAGAAUGCUGUGCAGUACAGAACCCCUAGCUCCAAUGCCUUGUACUUCUCCGCUAGCGCUGGGAUCCAAGUCAUCUUCUUCUGUGAUGGUGGCACCAAAGGAAACAUCAGAUACGACCCCUUCUUCAUGGCCAUCCCAGCCAUCUCGAGCUAUUGCCAGUCCUAUCACAUCUACGGGCACAACGAGUUUGAGAACUACGCGCUGAUCAUCGUCAAGACAUUGGAGUCCGCUGGGGUCACCGUUGAUAAGAGACCACUGCGUAAUGUCCUGUGGAAGCCAGUUCCAGGCACAGAAUAUUCUUGGGCUGAAUACAGCCUUGGCAAAGGGUUCCAGGUCCGUAACGUGGAGCACGCCAGCUCCCCCUUUGGCCUCCUGAGCAUUGGGAUCGGAAACCAGAAGGCGUACGGCUCCCCAGCCAUUUGUGCCAGCGUCCUGCCCUGCCCUGAGAACAGCCACUACGAGGCCUGUGGGAACGCCUGCCCAGCCAGCUGCUCUGACCGAACUGCCCCCUCCUCCUGCCGGGAGCCCUGCGCGGAGACCUGCCAGUGUAACGAUGGUUACGUCCUCAGCGCUGGCCAGUGCGUCCCCAUGGGGAGCUGCGGAUGCGACUAUAACGGCCGAUACUACAAACCCAGCGAGGAGUUCUGGGCUGAUGAGAACUGCCGCUCUCGGUGUAGAUGUGACCCCAGCUUGGGCACAGUAGUUUGCCAGGAAACCAGCUGCAAGAGCAAUGAAAGAUGCGUCAUUGUGAACGGUGCCCACCGCUGUAAAGCAACUACCUACUCCACCUGCAUAGGUACUGGAGACCCUCACUACACCACCUUUGAUGGGAAGAAGUAUGAUUUCCAAGGCACCUGCAUCUACCAGUUCGCAGCUCUCUGCUCCGAGGACGCCACACUCACCCCGUUCAACGUCAAAGUGGAGAACAACAACCGAGGCAGCAAGGCCGUGUCCUUCACCAAAACAGUGACCUUAGAGGUCUACAACGUGACCAUCAGCAUGAGCCAGGAUCAUCCACGCAAGAUGCAGGUGGAUGGCGUUUUUGUGGACCUGCCCUUCUCCCACCAGCACAAGUUCAAGGCCUACAUCAGUGGCGUUCAUGGUUUCAUCAAGACCGACUUCGAUCUGAGAGUGAGCUUCGACUGGUACAGCUACGCCAGGGUCAUCAUACCCAAUACGUACGCCAACGCUGUCUGCGGCCUUUGUGGCAAUGCCAAUCAGGACCCCAGCGACGAUUUGACCAUGAAGGAUGGAACUCAGACAUCUGAUGAGAUUCAGUUCGCCGACAGCUGGAAGGUUGGUGACGUCCCGGGGUGCUCGUCUCGCUGUACCGGGGACUGCUCAGUCUGCAGUGAGGCUCAGAAACAAACCUACAAGGGAGACCAGUAUUGUGGGGUCCUCACCCGACAGAUCGGGCCAUUCAGACAGUGCCACGGGGCCAUCGACCCAGCUCCCUUCUUUGAUGAUUGUGUCUUUGAUACCUGCCACUACAAGGGUCAUCGUGACACUCUGUGCAGCGCAAUCAGUGCCUAUGUGACAGCCUGCCAGGCCAGGGGCAUCCGGAUAGGGCAGUGGAGAUCGGCCUCAUUCUGCAGCCUCACCUGUCCCCGGAACUCUCACUACGAAUUCUGUGGGAGCAGCUGUCCUGCCACCUGCCACAGGCCCUCGGCUCCGGACAGCUGUGAGGAGCCCUGUGUGGAAGGGUGUUUCUGCGACCCCGGAUUCAUCCUCAGUGGAGACCGGUGCGUCCCCAUCACGCAGUGUGGCUGUGUGCACCAGGACAGGUACUACCAGAAGGGAGAAGAGUUCUAUACCAGCGCCUCCUGCCAGGAGCGGUGCCAGUGCCAAGAGAACGGGGUCGUCGAGUGCCAGGAGGCCUCCUGCGGAGCCAAUGAGGAGUGCAAGGUGGAGAAUGGAGUCCUGGGCUGCCACCCGAUGGAGUAUGGAAUAAGUGUAGUCUCCGGUGACCCUCACUACAUCUCAUUUGAUGGACAGGCCUUCGACAUCCAGGGCUCUUGCGCUUACACCUUAGCCAAGGUCUGCAGCAGUGACCCCCGGCUGGUGGAAUUUUCCGUGGUGGUUGAGAACGAGAGCAUUGGUGGUGGCCGUGUGGCUCAGACGAGGGCAGUGGUGGUCUCUGUGCAUGGUUACACCAUCUCCCUGGAGAGGGGGAGGAAGUGGAAGGUGGAGGUUGGUGGAGAGCUCUACACUCUCCCACUGGCUAUGGACGAUGGGAAACUUCAGAUCAACCAGGAAGGGAACAACAUCAUUGUCCAGUCUGCCUCUGGCCUCCAAGUCUUUUAUGACACUGCCUCCUACCUCCUAGUGUCCAUCCCCAGCACCUAUAAGGGACACAUGUGCGGUCUGGCUGGCAAUUUCAAUGGUGACAAAAAUGAUGACUUCCUGCUGCCCAAUGGAAAGAGCACUCAAAGUCUGAGUGAGUUUGUCGCCUCCUGGAAGGUGCCUGUUGAUGGUGCCAUGUGCUCCGAUGGCUGCGGUGAGAGAUGCCCCAUCUGUGAUGGGGCCCAGACAGCACCAUACCAGUCUGAGCGCUCCUGUGGGCUGAUCAGAGCCACCUCAGGUCCCUUCAGAGAUUGUCACUCGCUGGUCAGCCCUGCCGAGUACUUCAACCACUGUCUCCACGACAUGUGUGCUACCAACGCGACGGGAGAGACCCUCUGCCAGAGCCUCCAGGCCUACGCGGCCGCAUGCCAGACAACUGGAGCCAAGAUCAGAGCCUGGAGAACAGCCUCCUUCUGCCCCCUUGCCUGCCCACUCAACAGCCACUAUGAGCUGUGCACCAAGUCCUGCGAUUUCACCUGUGCUGGCUUGUCUGCCCCUGCUCAGUGCACCCAGAAUUGCUUUGAAGGCUGCCAGUGCAAUACUGGCUACAUGUUCGAUGGGGAGGGGUGCGUGUCCAUGGACAGGUGCGGCUGCAUGCACGAUGGACGCUACAUCAAGUCCAGGGAGAAUGUCAUCUCCAGUGAUUGCUCAGAGAAAUGCACUUGCCACCCAUCAGGUGGGCUCAUCUGUGAGAAAAACAGCUGCCCCACUGGAGAGAUCUGCGUGCUCAGGGAUGGGAUGCAUGGAUGCGUGAAACAGGAAGGCCGGUGCAUGGUCUCUCCGGGUGCUUACCUCACCACCUUUGAUGGUGCCAAGGGGAAACUCCUCUACAGUGGGACGUACAAAGUGGCCUCACUCUGUGACGAGAGCUCUCCUGCCUGGUUCAAGGUGGUGGUAGACAUCAGCGAAUGCACCAAUGACGCAAUACCAGCUGGUGCAGCCAUCUUUGUUUUUUUCCGAGAAGCUCUUGUCACUGUGAACAAUAACAUGGAGACCUGGGUAAGAGGGGGUUGGGUUGAAACAUGCUGA